ACAGCCAAGAAGAAGAAAAUAGAAGGACAAAAAAUAGCAAUAGAGAAAUAGCUGCAGAAGAAGAGCCUGAGGAGGAAGAGGAGGAAGAGGAGCUGCUAACCUUUUUACAUGGUUAAGACUGUCUCAGUUCCCACAGCCCUCCGUUACCGUGGAAACCGCUGCUAUGACGCAAGACAAAGCUGACGCUGCAGCAGCGGACAACAUGGAGCUCCAAGUGUCAGAGCAAAACUCCACUCCUGAGGAAGAGUUGAAAAAACCAGAGGAAGAGUUGAUAAAACCAGAGGAAGAGGUGAAGAAACCGGUGGAAGCAGUGAAGAAACCUGUGGCUCGCUGCCCCCGCCAAGGGAGGCGAGGCAAGAAAGGGAAGAAGCAGACACCUGCUGUAAAGAAGUGGGGUGCAGGGGACAAGAGGCGUGGUCAGAAGGACAAGAGGCGUGGUUGUGAAGAGUCAAAAGAAGGUGUGACAGUGAAGAGGAUGUGGAGCGGUGGAAAGCGUCAGUACUGCGUGUUCUGUCGGCGGCCUCAGGUGAAGAUCGCUCGUCACCUGCUGAGGAAACACAAGGAUGAACCAGAAGUGGUGGCUGCAAGCACGCUUCCAACUGGAUCCAAGCAACGCCACCUGCUGCUGGAGCAUCUGCGCUGCAGGGGCAACUACCUGCACAACAUUGAGGUGAUCAGACAGGGCAGUGGCGAGAUCAUCCCAUGCCGUCAGCCAUCAGAGGAAGUAGAUGCAAGGAAUUACCUUCCAUGUCCACUGUGCCUCGGUUUCUUUUUGCGCUCAGAUCUGUGGAAACAUCAGGCGUGCUGCCGUAAGAAGCUUGCCUCUGACUCCAUCUCCAUCAUAGAGAAACCCUUUGAGGACAUCAGUGACGCCACGUCCGAAAUCACAGGUAAGUCGGCUUGUGAUGUGGCUGAUGACGGGACCUCCACAUCCAUGGCAGACUCAUCAUGCGACCCUCCAAGAGAUACAGUCACAGGAAACCCAACAGGGACCUUUGAAACCGGGUCCAAACGGGCCAUGACAGAGGAGGUCGGCGAGGACCAGAAUGAGACCUCUGACUUCAGUGCAGAAAGGCCGAGAAAGCGCAGCAGGGUCCAGGCUGCGGCUUCCCGCCUCCUGCCAAUUUCGGGUGGAGCGUCAGAGAGCUGCAGUGAAGUCUUGCAUCGCAUGAACCACGAUCACAUCUCACACGAGGUCAAAUCUGAUUGGCUGAUCUGUAAAUAUGGAAAUAAAUUAAUGGAGAACCAGGAUGGUGGCCAGAAGAGGUACGACUAUGUCAGUCAGAAACUGCGGGACCUUGGGAGGUUCCUGCUGGCGGCCAAAUCUCUAGACUCCAGCAUUCAGACCCUGCUUGAUGUUCUAGCACCGGGCAACCUCAGUCUGGCGUUAUCUGCUGCCAGAAAGGCGUCUGGGUACAGAUGGAUCCGGCCCCCACUGGCAGUGAAGACAACUCUGAAAACAGUUUGUGAGAUCGCCAUCGGAGAGAGUCUACAGGACGGAGACUGGGAGGCGGCAGCUCAAACUACCGAUUUUUACCACAUGCUGGGAAGAGACUGGGACAACCUGGGGCUCAUGGAACCAGACCUUGACCCUGACUCGGUCCCUCCAGAAGGCAGAGCCAAGCUGAAGAAACGAUUCACUCAGUCCUGGAACAAGAAGGCAGGUCAGAGGGUCAAGCCGCGACCACAGGUUCUUUCAAAGAGCAACAGCAGACCUGUGACUUCCAUGAUGCCACCAGAGUCCACACUACAGGCUCCAGUCUCAGUUCCCAUGGCUCCUCGAAAGGUUCACCGUCGCCCCUGGUCAACAGCAGAAAAGGAAGCGGUUUGGAGGCAGCUGGGUGUCCAUGUGCUGGUCCAAACAGUACCAGGGAAGGAAGUCUGUCAGCGCUGUCUGGACAUGGAGCCGGUCCUCAGAGGGCGACACUGGAAAGACAUAAAGAACCAGGUGCACAACCAAAUUCAGAGCCAGAAGAAGCAGCAGUUCCACGCUCAGAUGGAUCUACAAGAGAACCAAGGACAGCAGAACCAAGGACAGCAGAACCAUGCGCAACAGCACCAGGAGCAACAGCACCAGGAGCAACAGCACCAGGAGCAACAGAAUCAGGCACAACAUAAUCAGAUACAACAGAACCAGGGACAACGAGACCAAAUUCCAAACCAGAAAAAACAGCACCAGCACUACCAGGCGCAGAUGGACCAACAGGGGAAAGACCAUAUACAGAACCAGAAAAAACAACAGUACCAUGUUCAGAUGGAUCAACACAGCCAGGACCACACCCAGAACCAGAAGAAACAGCAGUAUCACAUCCAGAUGGAUCACCAGGAACAGGACCACAAUCAGAACCAGAAAAAACAACAGUACCAUGUUCAGAUGGAACAACAGGACCACCUACAAGCUCUCAAAAAGCAGCCAUGUCAUAUUAGACUAGACCACCAAGACCAUGUUCCUGUUCUCAAAAAGCAGCUUUAUCAGAUGGACCAGCAGACUCAGGCUCUGCAGGCCACCAUGGAGCGGGACACAUCAUUGCUGACAGGACCUUAUGGACCUGAUGGUCCUCAUAGAGGCCCAGGACUCUCACUUGUGGAGCGGGACCCCAUCAUUUGUCCUUAUCCACUUCAGCAAAGAGCCCCAGGGCCUCACAUGGAACAGUUGCUGCCCAGGACAGAGUGGACUGAUGAGUCUCUGGUUCAGAACUACCCUGUCAGUAGGCCGUUGGCCCGGAACCUGCUGCAGGACGCUCCUCCAGGAGGAUUGCCACCCAAUCCACAUCCUGGACAUGGUCACUUCUGAUGGACAGGCCCACAGGGGCCUUAUCACGACAAAGAACCAUCAUAUAAGACCACCAGUCUCUGGACUCUGGACUUAAAAACAAAAGGGACCUUUUUCCACCACAUGAACUGAAACUGAACCUGAAACCUUUUAUUCACUGUGUGUAUCUGCAGAACUCUUUAUUGGCAUCUUCAUUUACAGAAGUUUUUAUUCACGGAACCAUUUAUCUGCACACUUUUUAAUCGCAGAACUUUCAACUGGUAGAACUUUUUAAUCGUAGAACAGCGGCAGCGCUGGUCACAUGGUUCCUGUGGUUGACAAUUAAGUCCGUUUUUCACAUUUGCUUCUAAACAAAUCCAGUCAGUGUUAUUGUGGUCGUCAUGGUAACCUCUGUGUUUUCUCUCCCUGUCUGUUUGUGUUUAUCACCACUAGAGAGCAGAGUUACAACACAAAGCUUGAGCUAUUAUAAUGAUAAUAAUAAUAAUAAUAAUAAUGUAUGGUUUCUAUAUAAAACGUUUUCUUUACA